AUGACUGUUCAAUUAAAAAUUGGUAAUGAAAAUAUUCCAAUUAACAUAAUAUGGUUACGUGAUAAUUGCAGGUGUUCAGAAUGUUAUGAUCAUGAUUAUAAUUCUAGAAAAACAACUACUCAACAAUUUUUAAAAACAAUUAAUAUUAAAAUUCAAGAUUACACACAGGCAGAUAAUAAUUUAUGCAUAAAGUGGUCUGAUGGUCAUAAAUCUGAAUAUCAUACUAAGUGGGUGAUUGACAUAUGGACAAGAAAAAAAAUAAAAAUUGAACCAAACUUAUGUUUUGGUGAAGAACUUGAGAAACUACCUUCAAAAGUGUCUUAUAACAAUCUAACAUUAAAAGAAUGUCUAAAAGAAUUGAUGGAAUCAAUUUUAAAAUAUGGUGUAGGAAUUAUUACAAAUGUAGAACCAACAUUGGAAGCUACAGAGAAAUUGGUUAGAUUCAUAGCACAACCGCAAGAAACUGUUUUUGGAACAAUGUGGACAGUUGGAAAUCAUAAAAAUCAUAAGGAUCCAUCGUAUUUAAAUGGUCCAUUAAUAGUACACAAUGAUAGCACAUAUUUUAAUGAAAGUACAGGACUUCAAGUAUUUCAUAUGUUUGAAAGGGAUAUCAAUGGUAAAGGAGGUUUUAGUACUAUAGUUGAUGGGUUUAAAGCAGCAGAAAUAUUAAAAAAGGAAAAUCCAUCACAUUUUAAAAAUCUUACUGAAAUUGAAAUAGAAUCUGAAUAUAUAGAACCUGGUUUUCAUUAUAAAUGUAAAGGGCCUGUUAUAAAAAUUGAUCCCACAACAAACGAAGUAUACCAAAUAAGAUUCAAUAUAUACGACCGCAGUCCACUACCACCAUCUCGCGUCAAUGAGUUUUACAAAAGUUAUGCUCAUUUCUUAGAAAUAUUGGAAAGAGAAGAGAUGUGUUGGAAACAUUGUUUGAAACCGGGAACUGUUAUUAUUUAUAAUAAUUGGAGAAUAUUACACGGUAGAACAUCUUUUACAGGAAAACGGAUUUUUGGUGGAUGUUAUAUAUCAAUGACUGAAUUCUUAAGCAAAGCAAGGAUAUUACAAUUAAUAUAAUAUUUAUCAAGGCAUAAUAAUAUAGUCAAAUUUUCUAGAAAUAAAUACUGUUAAGUGCAAGCAAAUAUUAUAUUAUUAAUAUUGGUAUACUUACAGUAU